AAUGUGGGGUCUUCUACCACAGCACCACAGUGAUGCAGAGGAGAGUGUCAGACUGUAUGUCUAUAUUUACACUGAAGGACAGUGUCAAAUGAAAUCACUUCCUGUGUAAAAUUAGCUCUAUUAAAAUGAAUCAUACCAUAAUCAUCAUUUGAAAGACCACAGCUCAUCUGUAAACACGUACUGCAAGACAAAAUAAAAAUAAUGGAAUUUACUGGACAGUACUAUUAUGAAAAUCCUAAUCAAAGAGAUUGUAUGGACACAAUUGGACCUCGAACACACUGCCAGAAUGAAGGAAGAGCCCGAUGUCACAGAAAAAGGCAAUUUUGGAUGCUGAUCACUGUGUGUCUAGGGAUCAUUUGUCUUCUUCUAAUAGCUGUCAUCAUACUGCAGCACCAUCAGGCUUGUUCUAAGCAAGGAUAUCUGUGGGGUCCAGAUGGCUUGUUCAUGUCCAAUGAGUUGAAGAGCUGGUCUGACAGCAGGCAGUACUGCAGGGAUCGUGGUGCUGAUCUGGUCAUUAUCAACAGUGAAGAGAAACAGAGACACAUAUCUUCAAUCAUCAAAGAGAGAGUGUGGAUUGGUUUGUCUGACAGAAAGCAGGAGGGCAGCAUGAAAUGGGUAGAUGAUUCACCACUGAAUGAAGGGUUUUGGGCCGAAGGUGAGCCGAAUAACUGUGAAAAUGGAGAUGAGGACUGUAUUGAACUGAUACCUUCAAGUCCCGCCCUGAACAACUGGUAUGAUCGCUCAUGCUCUGAGAAGAUAAAAGGGAUUUGCGAGAAAAAGGGUUCAUCCUCAUCUUUUACAUGCUUUUAAAAGUGUAUUGCUUUCAUGUAAAUAGCACAUCAGCAUCACAGCAGAGAGAGACCUGAUAAAGAGUUACAAGAACACAGUUGAAGAGUUCAAUCAAACCAUCAACAGCUUACAGAACGAAAAACACCAACUGCAGAACAACUUCAGCUCUUUGAGUCAG